AUGACAACCAAUGAAUCCAUUGAUAUCAAUGAGUUGAGAAUUCAUCUCUAUCACUCGGCAUGUAAAUUAAACAACUUGAGUUUGUACCAAGCCAGUAAAUGGUGCGCAGAAGCAUUAAAUGGAUUGAAAGACAAACAACAACCCUUGACAUACCCUCCCAUCACAUUAGAUCCCGAUGAUUUAUUAGACCAGGAUGUACUAAUAUUGGCGAAAUCGUACUUAGAUUGCAAGGAAUUUGACCGAGCAGCAUAUGUGUUGAGAGACUGCAAGGGAGGCGAUGCCAAGUUUUUGAGAUUAUACGCCAUGUUGAUCUCUGUCGACAAACGCUCCACAGAAGAGACAGACGGGUCUUUAAACAUUGGAAUGAUAAAUGAAACCAACGAAGAUACCGGGACAACAAACAAGGAAUCAGUUUUAAACUCAUUGAACUCACAAUUAUCUAAAAUCAUCUUGGAAUCUGAAAACUACUUGAAACAUAAGCAAAAUGCCUUUUUGCUUUAUUUGAAUGGAAUGAUAUAUAACAAAAAGAAAAAGUAUCAAUUAGCUCGCCAAAGUCUACAUGAUUCGUUGCAAAUGUUCCCUUAUAAUUGGUCAUGCUGGCAGGAACUCAUUGCCUCGUUUUCAUCGUUCGAAGAAGCUCACAACUAUAUAAAUAAAUGCAAAAAUACCAAUAACCCAUUAUCCAAUAAUAUCAUGUUUCAGUUUUUCGAAGUGGUGAUAUUACAAGAGUUUUAUCAUCAACUGAACACGUUGUUUGAAAAUUUGAACAACUUGGCAGCUCUUUUCCCCGGGUUUGUGUUUUUGAAAAUACAACAAUUUCUUAUAUCAUAUCAUAACUUGGAUUACUUCCAAGCAGAAGCAACAUUUGAUCAGAUAUUGGUAGAGGACCCACUAAGGUUGGAUGAUCUAGACACUUUUUCAAAUAUGUUGUAUGUGAUGGAAAAACGCUCGAAACUUUCAUAUCUUGCUCAGUACGCGUCACAAAUUGACAAGUUUCGACCAGAAACGUGUUGCAUAUUAGCAAACUAUUAUUCCAUGAAAUGUGAACAUGAAAAGGCCAUAAUGUAUUACAAACGAGCAUUGACUCUAAACAAAAACUGUCUAAGUGCCUGGACAUUGAUGGGCCACGAGUUUGUUGAAUUGAAGAAUAGCCAUGCUGCGAUUGAGUCGUAUCGACGUGCAGUGGACAUCAACCCUAAAGAUUUCCGUGCGUGGUAUGGUUUAGGACAAGCAUAUGAAGUAUUGGAUAUGCAUCUUUAUGCAUUGUACUAUUAUCAGCGAGCCACUAAUUUGCAACCAUUGGACAAACGUAUGUGGCAGGCCAUAGGCAAUUGUUAUGAAAAAAUCGAUCAACUAGAAGAAGCUUUCAAAUCAUUUGCUAAAGCGCUUUCUAUAGGGAAAGUAAUACACGGAGAUCUGGCUUUUGAUAACAAGGAUUUUGAAGAGUGCGAUUUUUCCGUGGAACCGCAUAUCUGCUAUCGAUUGGCGACUAUUCUGGAAAAACUAGGCAACCACAAGGAUACCUACAAGUACAUGAGACUAUGUUUUGCCCAAGAGUUUGAGUGGGGUGUUGGCGACGAGACCUCAAAGGCACGGCUUUGGCUUGCUAGAGAUGCAUUGAACAACUGGAAGUUUGAGGAAGCAUACGAAUUAGCGAAGGAUUUAAACUACAGUAAUGCCCACGACAUUGAGGAAGCACGGGCCAUCGCUCGAGAUGCUCGAAACAGGAUGAAAAACCAAAUGCAUUGA